UGCAACUUUUUUUUCUUCUGAGCACAAUGGCCUGAGUUCCGUGCCACCUACCCACGGUGCCACCAUCAUCUUCCCCUGUGUCAUCUGCAGCUGAGAGUGACUGAUCUACAGCUGGUAACUGGGGCCAGUGAGUCUGACACGGAGCUUCACAUGUCACGAGGCUCGUCCCUGGCAUGAGCUGAUCCUGUGCCGCUUCCAUUUCUGCGAUGGAACUUCUCGUUUCCAAGUCUCAGAUACAAUGUAACGGCUUCUUUGUUUCCGCGACUUUUGUGUGGAUUUGUCGCCUCCUGAUUUUUACAACAACCGGAGCGAUUAGCGUCCAGCCUAUCAGGGAGCAGCUGCUGAAUGUGAAACCCAAAUAUUGUCAUCUGGACCCAAGGACCAGUCUGAAUGUUGGAUAUGAGACCAGUCUGAAUGUUGGAAAUGGGACCAGUCUGAAUGUUGGAAAUGGGACCAGUCUGUAUGUUGGAUAUGGGACCAGUCUGUAUGUUGAAUAUGGGACCAGUCUGAAUGUUGGAUAUGGGACCAGUCUGAAUGUUGGAUAUGGGACCAGUCUGAAUGUUGGAUAUGGGACCAGUCUGAAUGUUGGAAAUGGGACCAGUCUGAAUGUUGGAUAUGGGACCAGUCUGAAUGUUGGAAAUGGGACCAGUCUGAAUGUUGGAUAUGGGACCAGUCUGAAUGUUGGAAAUGGGACCAGUCUGUAUGUUGGAUAUGGGACCAGUCUGUAUGUUGAAUAUGGGACCAGUCUGAAUGUUGGAUAUGGGACCAGUCUGAAUGUUGGAAAUGGGACCAGUCUGAAUGUUGGAUAUGGGACCAGUCUGAAUGUUGGAAAUGGGACCAGUCUGAAUGUUGGAAAUGGGACCAGUCUGAAUGUUGGAAAUGGGACCAGUCUGAAUGUUGGAAAUGGGACCAGUCUGAAUGUUGGAAAUGGGACCAGUCUGAAUGUUGGAUAUGGGACCAGUCUGAAUGUUGGAUAUGGGACCAUGGCAUUUCCAUCCAGAGGAGCAGGGGACAUUGGUGCCACUGGGGACUUUCAGGAUUCUGAGCUUUUUCAGGGCACCAAUUACUCACAGUUGAAUAUUCAGGAAGCAGCUAGAAUGUUUACAUCAGGUGCAUGCUACUUCCAAAAAUCAAAUGCAGAAGCUACGGGACCUGAUGGGAUUUCUUUUGUGAGCUCAGGAGCAUCAGGCAGUGCUUGGAGCCAUUCUGUAUUCUCAUAUCUGCAGUCAUGGGCAAGAAGGACUCUCUACAGAAGAGCAUUGCUAUCGGACCAACCGCAGAGACAAGAUAUCUCAUUAUUUGAUCGAAGCGGCGCAAUAUUCCAGAAAUGUGCAACGGUAAAUAAUGAUGCAGAUGGCCAGCAAUCAGCCAGUAUAAGUCUACUGAUUGACAACACAGUUGUGUCAUCCUUUGCAGACAACAUGACUGGGCUUAUCCUUUCUGAUAACAUUACUGGUCUCCUUGUGAAAGAUGGCAGCUAUCCCGGCACUGGAGUUGUAAACGGAAUUCAGACUUUCAGGAUCCAGUCGCUAAAAGCCGGAGAAUAUUUGCUCAUUAAGUACACCGCAUCACUGAGCAGCGGCCUCUCCGCCGACGGAUUUCAGCUAUCACUGCCCGCCCAGCUAACAUUCCAGAACUCUUCUGCGGUCGCUGGAACAUCUUUAAGAUUAAUGGCGGCCUUUACAAUCACAGCCAAGGGAAAUAUAAAGGUUAUUCCGAAUCACGGGAUCCACGCAGCGGGAUUUUUCAUUGGCUUGUUUGUGUCUUUCUUGCUGACCUGUGCUGUGGUGUUUGUACUUCAUUACACAAAACGGUUGAAUUGCAGAUGUUUGGGAAACCUGCAUGAAACUAAUUGCGAGGCAAAAUUGGGAAAAUCACAGAGCAGUUCACCUGACAACAUAAAUGAAGAUUUCAGUGUGCCUGACAAGAUGAUUGACAUAUUGGCCUUUGAAGAACCAGAGAACAUGCUUCAAGCGUUGGACGACUCAGAGAUUGUGAAUCUGACACAAGCCGACUCUUAUUUAGAAGCUUGUCGAAUACACGUUUGCAAGGACGUUAUUGGUAUAUCGCUCGGGAACAUGACAGCUACUGUAAAGCUGGUGCCUUAUGAGGCAAAAAGGUUGACUGCCGCUAUGAGUGAACAAUGGACCAACUUGGAGAAGCAAAUCCAAGAGGAACAUCAGAGGAAAAUUGUCGCUUUGACAGCGGAAUGUCAUUUGGACACCAGGAAACAGGUGGACAUGCAGGAGCGCAAACAGAAGGCAGUUUAUGAAGAAGCAGAAGAAAAAUGUAGGCAUGCUGGGGAAAAGUCUCUUACAGAAUAUAGGCUUCUCCUAGACAAGCUCCAUGACCUGGAAAGGGCUGAAAUGAUGAAGUUGCUCAUGUAUAAGCAAGAGGAGGAUUUUGCCAAGGCCCGCAGAGAAUUGAGUGUCUGCCAUAGAACUGAGCUUCUCGGUAUCUUUUUUGAACAACUUCAUAAAUCCGUGGCCAAGGGAAAGAUAAUCCCAGAUGCUGAAACAGCUGUGAUAGAAAAUUACUUCAAAAUCCAGGAAGAAGCUGAAGAUCUUCUGGAUUUCAUGCAAGCUGAUAAGAAGUGCCGCAUGAACAGGACGCUUGCUGCGCGGAAAAACAUCAUUUAUAUUACGCAGCUGUGUGACAGCCGAUCGCGAUGCCUAUUAAAUACGGCGGCGGCGCAAAUAGCCAGCCUCAUUAACAAAACAGAGAGAGCGGGGCACAUGAACGAGACCCAAGCAGAGCUGCUGAUGGGCCGAGCGCAAGCAGAAGUUUCACGGGUGAAGCAGAAGAUGAAUAAUACGUUAAAACUCGAAAAGCGGAAACUGCACCAGAAACUCAGCUCCAAGAGAAAAAAGCUACUUGUACAGAAGCUGAAAGAACAAAAGAAAGAAAUGGGGGUGAUACAAGAAGCGUUUGCCUGCGCUACAGACAUGCAGCAUUAUUUGGGUUGCUGGAAAAAGCUGAGCAGCGAUCACUGUCAGCAGAUGGAAGAACUGUACGAAAAGCAGGACAGCGAUGCGCUGGAGGAAUUCAAAUGCUUGAGAUGGAGCCUGGCAGAGAAAGCAGUUGAAGAUUUGGGACACAUUCAGAACACUGUGAUUAUGCAGGACAUGUUAAAGCUCCACGUGCCCAGGCAGCAUCUCCUGCAAGUGUUGGAGGAGCACAAACGAGAUAUGGCCCUUCUGGCACAGCAGCUGGAAAAAGAAGAAAGCGACAAGGCUGGAGAUGCCAGAGCCUCUCUGGAAGGGGCAAGGCGCAAGCUGGAUGAGGAGUUCAAGCUCAGUUUAAAGGAACAAAAAAAUCUGCGGCUUUGGGAACAGCAGUUGUACAGGAAGAUCCUCCAGUUAUCUCUUUCUAUGUCGGAAGAAGAUGUACAGAAAGUCAGGCAAGAGUUUCAGUGUGGCUUCUCUGAGAUGGAUCUUACUUUGGCUUUGCCUAAGAUACAAGGACGAGCGUUACUCCAGGCCUAUCUGACUGAAUGGAGGAUCGCAGAGUUGCUAAAAAUAGACAAAGAUAUCCCGGAGUUUGAUAAGAAGUCAAAUUCAAAGACGAAGAAUCAUUCCCUGGACAAAACGGUGGAGCUCCGUAAGAAAUCCGCCGAGGAUAAGAUUCUGAUUUAUGAAACACAAAUUACAGAUGACAAGAUUAAACAGGUACGUGGGGAGCUGCUGCUUCAGAGAGUGCACCAACUGAAAGCCAGAGAAUAUAAACUUGGAGAAUCUUUGGCUGCUUUACAGUUCCAGUUCGUUAAUCAGAGAUCAAAGGCUCUGGAGGUUCACGCUGCGCUCCUGCGCCUGCAGUCCUUACUGCUCGAAGAGAUGGACCGCAUUCACCCCGCCGCUACUGCACAGUAUAAAAAGGUUUUGGAAGGGCAAAUCCAAGAAAUUAGAGACAUUGAAGUGGGCCUAUUAGACUGGGAAACGCAGGAAGCAGUAAAUGAUAGCGAUGAUAAAAUUCUCAGCCUUUCUCAUAUGGAAGCUGCCCCUGAAGAAGACCUCAGUUUGCCACUGUCAUCAACCCUCCGAUUGGCACUUAACAGGCGGAACCUGAUAACAAAUACAUGCAGAGACAGAUUGCAGAUGGAGGAGCUGCAGUAUGCAUUAACAGAGUGGCGGCAGGAGAAAGCACAGAUGGUUGCAUUUCACAAACUCUAUAAUCAGGACAUCAGAUUGUCAGCCUGUUUGACUAAAGGAAGUAUGCUUCCGGAGGUGCUGCUGCGCCGAGUGCUGAGCCUAUUGCUGCCGUCCAGCUCUGAGACUGAGAUCCUUUCCCUUCUACAUUCACUUGGUCAUCCAUAUUCGGAAAAUGUUACUGAAACUGACAACAAUGAGGAUGAAUCUGACAGCUGGGGGAAGAAGAAACAUCAAGAGUUAUGGACAGUCAUAGAGAAGAGGUUACAAGGAGGAUUGGUAAACAAAGAGCAUGAAAAACGGGCUUUUACUGGAAGAAAGAAAAGGAGCAUUCUGAAGAAGAAGCGAUUGCGGCCAGUGAAACGGGUCUCUUUCUCCCACACAGAGAAUUUCUCUCGCCUCCUACAGGCACAGGAGCACUCAGAUCAGCUGGAGAGAACAAGAGAAAUAGAUUUACCAGACGUAGAAGAGAAACUGUUUGUCUUUAGAGCCCCCGCCUCCCCAACCAAAGCCAAGAAAAAGAGCAGUUUCUUAAAUAACCUGAAGAAAAGUGUCCGACCUCCCGUAUAGUGAGCACUUAUUAUGGAUCAGAGACUGUCACGAUGCAGGGAGCAUGGACCUGAUUUUAUAUGGCACUUUCUGUAUAUACUGUAUAUCACAUCCACGUAUUCUAUCUGUAAAUAAUCAAAAUGUAAUCAAUUUCCUAUAUACAUAACUUUAUGCUUAAAUAUUUGUUUGUCCAUACGGUACAUUACCCUGCAGUAACAAUACAAUAGUCAGUCAACGGAAUUGGUAAAUAGGGAAUUCUGCUGCAGUUAAAGGGCAACUAAAUCUCUGAAUCAUUUUAUAAGGAACUGUAACAAAAGAUUGCACAUUUUGUAGUUUGCCCCAGUGUGCAGUGUUUGCAAUAAAACAAUUUUUAAACAUUUAAA